AUGACGGGACAGAAACCAAACUUCGACUCCUGCAGUAACAGCACAGCAAAACUUCCACGUCUUUACAUCCCCCAGCCUCUGCAGAACCAAAGAGCAGCAGGGCAGGAGAAGGGGGAGCCACGGGAGCCGUCAUGUGGCAUUAAGGGCGCCCUCAGAGCCGCUCGCUCUCUCCCGCCACCCUCGCGCCGUGACGGCGGCUCUGAGGGCGGCUCUGAGGGCGGCUCUGAGGGCGGCUCUGAGGGCGGCUCUGAGGGCGGCUCUGAGGGCGGAGAGUCACAGCCCCGGCAGCGCAGCCGGGGCAGGAGGAGGAGGAGGAAGCGAAGGAGGAGGAGGAAGCCCGGGUUGCCCUCUCUCCCCGCCCUCCCGCGGCCGCCAGCGCCGUCCCCCGGCGAGGCGCGGGGAGCCUCGGCCAUGUGUGAGGAAGGAGCCGCCAAGCUGCGCCUGAAGCCCCGGACGGCGCCGCCCGCCCGCGGCCGGGAGCGCAGCCCCGACCCCGAGCCCCCGCCGCGGCCCCAGGCAUCGACUGACAGAUGUUCCUGGUUUGAAAAGGAAGAAUUAAAUGAGUGUGAAAAAACCUGGCUGCUGCUACUGAAAGACAUCAGUCAAGACUCAGAGUGCACAAACUGGGACACAGUGCCCAGCUUUCCAGAGUUCCUGGAAAAGAAACAGCAGGAGAAGAGUCCAGAACACCAGGAAGUCUUUACAGUUGGAACUAAGGACUUUCAGUGGGUGUCAUUCCCACCUUUUCACCAAGAAAAAUGUCUGAACCCCACGGAUCUGAGCUCCCAGCAGCCAGCACAGAGCCAGAGCAAUGAAUUACAUAAAGGCCAGGGCCAAGCAGAUAAACUGAAGAGUUUGUCAUCCACAGCUGAGCAAACCUGCAGGGGAACCAGUAGAGAUGAAGCCAGACCUGCACCUGGAGCAGACACAGGAGGUGUUCCAGAGCUGGAUGUGAGCCCCAAGCCGUGUGAAGUCCCUGGGCACAGCAGCUCAGCACAGCCCUCAGCUCUGGGCCCUCAGCAGCAGCACACAGGGACUGCACAGAGCAGCAGGGCAGGCAGGAGAGAGCAGGGUGAGGAAAAACCUCAAAUCCAAACACACCAGGGGGAGCUUCCAGCAGGGGAGGGCACAGGGGUGCCUGCGGAGAAGCCUCAGCCCAGGAAUGCUCCUGAGAGCCACGAGGAGAAAAUGGAAAACCAGAGUGAAGCAUCUUCAGCUCUUGACAGCUGUCCCAUGUGUCUGAUGCAGUUCAGUGGAAGGCUCUCCCAGCUGGACAUCGAUGGGCACCUCGCCAGGUGCCUGUCUGAGAGUGCAGAUGAUGUCAUGUGGUGACUCCAGGACAGCACCCAGGCAAGGAUGGAGCUCUCUCAAAGGAACAGGAAAAAUGUGUCAGGAAGCACAUCCUUGUCUCUGACAAACCAGGAACUCAACACGAGGAUAAGUGCCACCUGCCUGUUUGGUUUUGGUUUGG